AUGAAAGCUGUGGCUAAGCCACGUUUUUACACCGACCAGGACCUUCUACUGAGCGGUCCUCCUCAGGAAGCUGCAGCCUGCCGGCAUGGCUCAAGAAUUUGUUAACAGCAAGAUCCAGCCUGGCAAGGUGGUGGUGUUCAUCAAGCCCACCUGCCCCUACUGCCAGAAGACACAGGAAAUCCUCAGGCAACUGCCUUUCAAACAAGGGCUCCUGGAAUUUGUGGAUAUCACAGCCACCAACAACACCAAUGAGAUUCAAGAUUAUUUAGAGCAGCUCACCGGAGCGAGAACAGUCCCUCGGGUCUUCAUUGGCAAAGACUGUAUAGGUGGAUGCAAUGAUCUCAUCACCAUGAAGCAGAAUGGGGAGCUGAUGGCCCGGCUGAAGCAGAUCGGAGCUCUGCAGUAAUGGAAGGGAGGCAGACUCCAUGCUGACAGCAGCUGUCCGGCCAUGCUGACGCCAGUGCCAAUGCCGAGAACUGACCUGCACCCCAAACACGGCAGUAUUUCCUGGUGACUGGGAUUUUGAACAAAAACAGCUUUUAUUUCUUUUUUUCUCAGUGCUAAAAAUGAUUGCAAUUUCCUUUUAACCCUG